UACAGCUAUAUCCGGUGUCAUGGCUGCCACCUUCAGGUUGAAGUCCAGGCUGGCUCUGGUGACAGGUGGAGGUAGUGGGAUUGGACGAGCCAUCUCUCAAAGGUUGUCUCUAGAAGGAGCUUCAGUGGCUGUGGUUGAUGUAAAUAUUGAUUCAGCCAAAGAUACACUACAGAGUCUCUGUCAUGGACUUGUGGGACAGGCACACACAGCCUUUCAAGUUGACGUCUCUCAAUCACAGAGUGUCAGUGCUUUAAUAGAGCAGAUACAGGCUCAAUACUCACGGUCACCAUGUAUUGCUGUCAGCAGUGCGGGAAUCACUCGAGAUGAAUUCAUUCUUCACUUGGCAGAAGAAUCCUUUGAUUCUGUGUUGAGUGUCAACCUCAAGGGUCCAUUCCUUAUUACACAAGCUGUGGCUCGAGCUCUUGUAGCCAACGGACAAAACAAAGGCUCCAUCAUCAACAUUGGAAGUAUUGUUGGGAAGGUGGGAAACCUUGGGCAGUGUAAUUAUGCUGCAUCUAAAGCUGGUGUCGAGGGGCUAACCAGAACUGCUGCCAAAGAGCUUGCAAGGUAUGGGAUCCGGUGUAAUACUGUGCUGCCAGGAUUCAUCUCUACACCGAUGACUGAUAAAGUCCCACAGAAAGUAUUAGAUAAGAUUUCGGGAUCCAUUCCUAUGGGCAGACUUGGUAAACCUGAAGAUAUUGCUGAUGUUUGUGCGUUCCUGGCAUCAGAUGACAGCAAGUAUAUCACAGGGGCCAGCAUUGAAGUGACCGGUGGGCUUUUUAUGUAACCUCAACUGUUCUCUCAAGUACGUUAAAUGCUGCGACUCUGAUGGCGAUGUGCGGGCAUUAUACCUCCACUCAUGGACCCUGAAGUGCCUUAUUGCUACUUGUGCAAAAUAGAAGAUGAAACGACCAGUUUCUUCAUUACAGUCAGGGAUUGGAGUUUUUAGGUUAAAAAUAACCAAUUAUUUUUUUAAAUUGUGCGAGAGAUCUCUAAUUAAUUUCUGUUAAUUAGGGUUCGUGUACUAUCUAUGGACAGAGGAUCCCAGCUGCUGUCCUAUCAGGAAAUCCGCAUGGACUGAACUGAAAUACCAAUGAAAAUAAUGGACAAUAUUAUAAAAUUAAUCAAGCACUUUAUUAAAAUGUGAAAUUAAGUAAA